AUAACAUUGAUAACGGAUAAGCACAAGUUUUCGCGUUCUGCCGAAUCUGUUUUGGGACGCUUUGCUCGGCUGUUAAAUUUAAAUUUCUAGUGUCAAGUACUGAAUAUUGAUUAAAUAUAAAAAUGCACGGUUCCCUUAUGGUACACGGAGCUGGUGGCAUCCCGGAUAAAUCGUGGCGGCCGAAAUUCGGAAUCGUAGACACAUCGAUGGGCCAAAUUACUAUUGAACUCUAUUGGGAUCACGCUCCGGAAACUUGUCGCAAUUUCGCAGAACUCUUGAGACGUGGAUAUUACAACAACACUAAAUUUCAUAGAAUCAUUCGAAAUUUUAUGAUACAAGGUGGCGAUCCGACGGGAACAGGAAGAGGUGGCACGUCCAUUUACGGUCCUCAGUUUGACGAUGAAAUCCACGAAGAUCUUAGACAUACAGGUGCAGGAAUUGUUUCCAUGGCGAAUUCAGGCCCCAAUUCAAACGGCUCACAAUUUUUCAUUACCUUGGCUCCUACACAAUGGCUUGAUAAAAAACACACAAUCUUUGGACGUGUUCAUUCGGGAAUGAACGUUGUUAAAAGGAUGGGCAUGGUAGAAACGGAUAAAAAUGAUCGACCCGUCGACGAUGUUAAAAUAUUGAAAGGCGGUGUACAAGUAUAAAUAAUGAUGUCUUAUUAGUACUUGUCCUAUUCUCGCAAACUAACUGCUGUAAUGAUUUAAAGUAACUUCUAUAAUGUAAUUUGAUUCCAUUAUUUUUAUAAUUUUUGAUAAUAAAAAUAUGUACAUUUUUGAACUCGUAUAAGCCGAUUAAGAAUCGAAAACUUAAGAGCUUAUAUAUAAAUUGUGUUUACUGUUGGUAUGAUGAUAAUGUUAAGACAAAAUUUCAAAUAAAUAAGUCAUCCAGCUCGAAAA